ACGUCAGCGAUGUGUGACGUCCGCCGUGGUAAAAAGCACUUUCCUAGAUAACGAAACCGAAACUUACCGAGCAACUCAGCAAGAAACGCAGCAGCUGUAUCUUGGUUGCUUAGACUAUGGACGGAUCAAAGUACGUUGUGCAACUUAACCUGUUAGCUCAGAAAAAUAAUUUCAAGCUGUCCUUCGUGGAAAGCAGUGCGCCAGAAAGCAAUGGAAUGUUCAUUGGAACAGUUGUGCUGAACAAUGAAAUGUAUGCUGAGGGGCUGGGUCACUCUAAGAAGGAGGCGAGGCAAAAUGCUGCAAAAAAUGCAUUAGAGAAACUAUCGGGGGAGAACAUCCAGCCCAGUGAUUCUGUGACCAGCCAAACUGAGAAUCUCCCACCUGUCAGCAAUGGAUCCUUCAAGUGGGCAAACUACACAUGUUGGCUGAAUGAACAUGGUCAGAAGGAAAGGGUCAAUGUAACCCCAAAAGAAUCUACUAGAAUUUUUCCAAUCAACGCCACACAGUGUUGCAGGUUUGUCGUUGGUGACCGAGAGUUCCCUGAAGCCUACGGAAAAACUAGGAAGGAAGCCAAAGAGGAGGCAGCAAGACUGGUAUAUGAAGAGUUGAACCGAAAAGCAACCAUGGACCAGGAGGCAGACGAGCCUAGCAUGAGACGAACCUGCAACGCAAUGGACGAGCUGAGUUUGAGCACCACCGAGUCAACCAUGGAGGCAAACUACAUCGGUCUCUUAAACCAAUACUGCCAGAGAAACAAACUGGUCCUCGAUUUCAAACUACUGGACAAGAAAGGACCACCACACAAUCCUCAAUUUUUUUAUAAGGCUUUCAUUGGCAAUACGGAGUACCCUGAAGGGAAGGGGAACAGCGCUAAGGAGGCGAAGCAGAACGCAGCACAACAGGCUUGGGAUUCCCUUCAGAACCAGACUCCGUCACUGUUAAAGAGAAACCCAUUCAGACUUGAAGACUCCGACUCUCCCACCUAUGGUUCCCCUGUGUUACGUGUUCCCCAAGAUCGCACGGAUUUGCAGAGCAGCAGAGAAAGCUCAGGAGGCAUUGUGUUUCAGGAUUCCUCUGAUGUUCCAAGCCCAAAACUGGACACAACCCCUGUAUCUAACAAGCCCAAAAGAAAAUUGGCUGUGACUUUUUCCCAACUACCAUCAGGAAAUAAGCAGGAAUCCGGUUUGGGAGCACCGGUACAGAAGCCCCCCACGCAAUCAAGGUUUUCGGAAGAUUAUGAUACGAUCUCAGAUAUUGGGAGCGGUGGUUUUGGCUGUGUUUUCAAGGCAAGGCGGAAACUGGAAAACCGUUUUUUUGCUGUGAAGAGGGUUGAGAGCAAGACAAAAUCUCUCCGUGAAGUUUCUGCCUUGACACGUUUGCGGCAUUCGAACAUAGUUCAGUACUACACGUCUUGGGAAGAGGACGUCAGCGACACUGAAAAGUACCUCUACAUCCAGAUGGAGCUCUGUAAAAGUGACCUAAAAAUGUGGAUUGAUGAACAUAAUGAAAGUCAGAAGUCCAGGCGAGUGAAUGCCCUCGACAUAGCCCAGCAGGUGGUUAAUGGAGUGGAGUACAUUCACAAAGAGGGAUUCAUCCACAGAGACCUGAAGCCUGAAAAUAUAUUAUUUGAUUUUGAUGGAAAAGUAAAGAUUGGAGACUUCGGUCUUGUGACAUUUGAUGAAAAUUCCAGUGAUGGUACCCAGCUGAAAAGGACGGAAAAAAAGGGGACAAGAUCUUACAUGAGCCCUGAGCAGAUGGAAAGUAAUGAAUAUGACAGGAAAGUUGACAUAUUUGCCUUGGGACUGAUAUACUUUGAACUGGUUUGGCCCAUGAAAACACGAAUGGAAAAGACUGAUUUGUGGCCGGGGAUUCGAAAUGAAAAAAAAUUCCCAAAGGAAUUUUCCAGUGAAUACAGUGCUGAGCAAAAACUGAUCGAAAAGAUGUUGGCUCAAAAACCGUCGGACAGACCAGAGGCUUCGGAGAUUGCAAGUGAUCUGAAAAAACUCAGCACCGUCCUCCAAGGAAAAAACGAAGAACAUCAAAAGAAUAUAACUUUCAUGGCUAAUAAUAUGCAUGGCGGAGGAAAUUUGGAGGAGCGAGUACGUAGCUUUUUAAAGAGCAAGGGAGAUGGAGCCAGGGAGCCUGCACUGGCAAUCGCCAAAGCCUUGGGUCUGAAAACAGCCAAAGACAUAAACCCUACUCUCUAUGACCUGCACAAGGGAGGGCAGCUGUACAGGACAAACGGGAACCCACCACUCUGGUCCCUGGAUGGAGCAAACUUACAUGACUCGGUGCCAGCACAAUUAGAGCUAAAGAUUAAAGACAUACUCAGGUCACAAGGGGGCGACGGGUGGCUGCACAUCCGGGACAUCAUUAAGAUGCUGAACCAACCAAAGCCAACCAUUAACAGUCACCUGUAUGCAAUGAAAGGCAGGGGUGAACUGGAACAAAAGGGGAAGCAGUGGAGGUACAAAGAUGGCGGCGAUAAUCCUGGACACAACUGGAGGUCUUUAGAGGAGUUCUCAGCCAUAGAGAGACUUGGUUGGGGAGGUUUUGGUUCGGUCUACAAAGUUAAGCACAAAGUUGAUGGUAAAUUGUAUGCGGUAAAGAUGACCAAGUACAAAGGAGACCGUGAAAAACGUGAAGUGGAGACACUGGCCAAUCUGGAUCAUCCAAACAUCGUGCGUUACUACACGUCAUGGAUUGGCCCCCGUUACCGGCCCGACAAAUCAAGCAGCGAGGGUACAAGUGAAAGCCAGGAAGGUUCUGAAAGCGUGAUAUUUGAGAGUGAAAAAGCUUCAUUCUCCAUUCAUAGUGAUGGUAAUAAAAAGGAGGAAAUUGAAGAAGUGGAAUCAGGGCUGGCAGACAUCUGCAUCACCUCCAGUGAUCCUCCCUCUGGCAACACUGACAAAUCUGGACAACGAAACAAUACUGCCUGCAAUAUGUUCCUCUACAUCAAGAUGGAGCUCUGUACUGGGGGCUCGUUGAAUGACUGGUUUAGAAAAGGAGGAGCUGAACGGACCAAAGAAGAAGCUAUGAAGGUGUUUCAGCAAAUUGUCCAGGGGGUGGAGUACAUUCACUCCAGGAAUCUUAUUCACAGGGAUCUGAAGCCAGACAACAUACUCUUCAGUCAAGAUAACAUUGUGAAGAUAGGAGAUUUUGGCCUUGCAACAAUGACAUGUGAUCAAUCUGGUAAACCUAUUGAGAGGACAAAGGGAAGAGGCACCAAGACUUACAUGAGCCCUGAACAGGAAAAACAAUCUGAGUAUGAUGAAAAAACAGAUAUCUUUCCCCUGGGACUGAUUUUCUUUGAGCUUCUUUGGAAGAUGAAGACAGGAGCAGAAAGAGCAAAGCUCUGGGACGACCUGCGGGAAGGAAAAUUCCCGGAUGCGUUCACUGAGAAGUUCAUUUACGAGAGUUCAGACAUCGAACGCAUGCUUUCUGUGAGCCCUGAAAGCAGACCUCCUGCCUCCGAAAUCAAGAUGUUCCUUGACAGACCACAACAGACCCAAGGCCUACAGAAAGCCAAGAACAAAACAGCCUGAUUUGGGCAUUACUGGCUUCUCCAGUACUACUGAAGACCAAAUGAUGAUAAUGUUUUCGGUUUUGGAAAGUUAUUAUGAGAAACUCUCCUGUUCACACUCGAACAUACAGCUCUGGAAACAAUUAAAAGACCACAGCAAAAUUUUAGUUUCAUAAUUUAUGGGUAUGUACCUGUGUAAAAUAUACAUUUUUUUGUAAACUCCAGCCGGGCUCUUCCCAGCUUCUCAUUGAUGAAGGCCUCCUUCCUUGCUUUAUAGGUCUUCAGUCCUGCUUCUAGGAGCUUCAUACGAACUUCUCCUAGCAGUGCACUUCACUCUACUUAAUGUUUCCCAUUCCUUUUGAAGAUCACUUGAGGUCAUCCUCCAAUAUAUGAGGCACUGCUAGAUAAGUUGAUGGUCAUCUCUGGCAUUAGAAAAGUUACUUCUGCCCUUUACCUGGUGCUUUCUGGUCGUUCCCAGUACCUCCUCCUUCACCUUGUUCUGGUGUACUGCCGUCUUAGAAACUUUGAGCCUGGAAGCGGCCUGCCUCACAGUGUAGCCUUCUGCCAGCAGAACCAGGGUUAAACCAGGAUUAAAAAAAUGUAGAUUUUUUAAAAAAUAAUAUAGAGUGGUCUCUUAAUUUUUUCCAGAGCUGUAUAGAUAUUUUCUUAGAAGUACAAAGGGACCUUUUGUCAUGUUGCUGAGCCAGAGAAAGGCUCUGUGGGUAAAGCCAGCUGUCAAUUCUAACCCUAAAUGCAGCGUCUGUGCUGUACCUGUGAUUGUCAUAAUCAGGUGUGUUGGGAGGGAGCAAAAAUGUGGACAGUCUGGGGUCCCCGAAGACUGAGUUAAGAAACACUGGUCUAGUACUUGCACUUACCCCUAUUUCGCUCCUUCACUGUAUUCUUGUAAUAAACUGUCCCACAUGGAUGUUGCUUUGGACACAAGCAUCUAAUGAACUGGAUGUCAAAUAAUUACCACUGAUAUGUUACUAUACACAGAUGGUUUGUACUGUGAUUUAACUCAGCUUAUACAUCACCGGUACUGUACAAGACUGUACUGACAGCAACAUUUUGUUACUUGUAGAAAUUAUCUGCCAGAAACGAGGUGUACCUACUUACCUGCUUUCGGGUUAAUUACUUUGCGUUCUUUUAACUUGGAAACGUAUUUGCCUCUCCAAUGUUGUCAAGUGCGUUUCAGAUCUGGAGGUAUGUUUUCUAUAAAGAUGAAUAUAUUUGAAA